CCCACAGGCAGGAGAUUACAUCUACUAUGUGAUAAAAGUGUAUUCCCUGCAAAAAUGGGUAAGAAUCAGGGAGACUAAUGUAAUGGCCCAGGAUUAGGGUCAGGGAACAGUCAGACACUGGGGAGAUUUGAAACACGGCGAUGAGAUAAGAGGGGCAAACAACAAGGGAGAUGUGGGGACAGGAGAGGGUCGAUGGUUAUAUGCCACUUAAGAGGUUCGUGUGCAUUUCUUCAUCCACAGAAACCUAUAAGAGUUUGGGACUACAAGGCUGUGGCCAGGGUUCACAAACUUUAGGGAAUGUGAAAAAUCUAAGCAGAUAAAUAAAACUGAUUUCCCUUACCUUCUUGCCUUCCCGCAAUUUUCACACCUUGGCCAUGUCCUGCCUGUUAAGUAUGCUACUGGGCACUCCUACUUACACCUCCAGGUGCCCAUGCAGAUACCCUGUGUCCUCAAUCCCUAACCAGCCUUUGUCUUGGCCCUAUCUACUUUUGAGUCACCUCUAUGUCCUAAAUCAAAUUCCAUUAUACUCUCCCCUAUUUUGUGGAAUUUUGGUGAAUUGCAAAUAUGACUGUGGGUAGUGGUGUGAGAAUGACUUUAAGGGACAUAUUUUAUGCCUGAGAUGAAGUGAGAUUAGGAGGACAGACAACUAGAAUGGCUGGAAAAUAUUUCAUCAGCAAUUCAAGAACAGAACCUAAGAGCUCGGCGAAAUGAGGUCAAUGCCAUCUCUUAUUUCUUCUCUCAUUGUGUUCCAUCGUAUCACCUUUCCUGUCCCUCCCAAUUCUUGUCACGUACAUCUACUAUGUUUUCAUAUUUGUUACAUUCUCUUGUUUAUAGACGGAAGAUCGUCUAGGAGGCCAUGGUGAUAGGGAUAUUGCGUGUGAAAGUGAUACAACUCCUUUAGGUGACUACAGGUAAAAUGCUUUUUUAGUGAUUAUAUGGCCCUGAGAAGAAAUUGAAUGGAUAAAAAAUUUGUACAUUGUGAACAUUCUUGAAUAAUUAAUCAUUAUAAUUCUAAGGCAUUAAUGCCCUUCUUAUUUUUGUUUCCUCUUCAUUUUCUUUCACAUGAUAACUUUAGAGCACUCUAGCUGAUAAAUCAAUGGAUGGAGCAAAUCACUCUGUGGUGUCAGAGUUUGUGUUCCUGGGACUGUCCAAUUCCUGGGAGAUCCAACUUGUCCUCUUUGUGUUCUCCUCCAUGUUUUAUGUGGCAAGCAUGAUGGGAAACUCCCUCAUUGUCCUUACAGUGACUUCUGACCCUCACUUACACUCCCCCAUGUACUUUCUGUUGGCUAAUCUCUCCUUUAUUGACCUGGGUAUUUCUUCUGUCAUUACCCCCAAAAUGAUUUAUGACCUUUUCAGAAAGCACAAAGUCAUCUCCUUUGGAGGCUGCAUUGCUCAGAUCUUCUUCAUUCACCUCAUCGGUGGUGUGGAGAUGCUGCUGCUCACAGCCAUGGCCUUUGACAGGUAUGUGGCUAUUUGUAAACCUCUCCACUAUUUUAGUAUCAUGAACCCAAAACUGUGUAUUUUGCUCCAGGUUGCUGCUUGGAUAAUUGGUUUGAUCCACUCUGUGUUUCAACUAGUUUUUGUUAUAAAAUUACCAUUUUGUGGCCCUAAUGUGCUGGACAGCUUUUACUGUGACCUACCUCGAUUUAUCAAACUUGCCUGCAUAGACACCUACAGACUAGAGUUCAUGGUCACAGCCAACAGUGGGUUUAUAUCCCUGGGAUCAUUCUUCAUAUUGAUCAUCUCCUACAUUUUUAUCCUGAUCACUGCUCAGAAACACUCUUCAGGUGGCUCAUUCAAGGCUCUCUCCACUUUAUCAACUCAUAUCAUGGUGGUGAUUUUGUUCUUUGGUCCUUGCAUCUUUGUUUAUACCUGGCCUCACCCCAAAUCACACCUAGACAAAUUCCUUGCCAUUCUGGAUGGCGUUCUCACUCCUUUUCUGAAUCCAGUCAUCUACACAUUGAGGAACAAAGAGAUGAAGAUGGCAAUGAGGAGAGUAUGCAGUCACCUUCUUGUUUACAGAAGGAUUUCUUAAGUGACAAAAGUAUUAUGAAGUUUCCUUACUGUCUGGAGUAACAUUAAAUUUAUAUUAUUUCAAUAGCAGGAGUUUCCAAGUAUAUUACUUGUAUAUUAAUACAACAUGAAUUUUAAAAAUCUUAACUGAGAAAUUGUGUUGCUUGCUUACGGUUGACUGAAGCAUGGGUGGGGUAAAAGGUAUCCACAGGAGAAGGCCAGUUUCUUGUCUCACAGGAGACAACACCUUUGUGAACAUACCAUGGUCCAUGCUUCAAAUCAGAGUCUUUUCAGUGUCACAGAGUGGGCUGUAUAAGGGAUUGUGAAUUAACACUAAAAAAUUUACACUAGAUGGUAAUAUAUAAUCAAGAUGCCAAUUUAUUAAUUUGUCACACACACACAGACACACAAAAAUCUGUCAAGUGCAAUGCUCCCCAGAACUUCUGAUGGCACAGGACAGGAACCAUCCCAGAAGACAAAUCAUCAGGCAUGAAAAGGACUGGUCAGUGGGGGGGAGAGAGAUGCUGAUGAAGAGUGAGCUAAUUAAAUCAGGUGGACACUGGAGAGAGUGUUGGCAACUCUUGACUGGAGGGGGGAUGGGAAGAUAGAGAGAGAGGGAAGAUGGCAAAAUUGGCAUGAAACGAGAGACUGUAAGGGUUGACUCAAUAGGGGGAGAGCAAGUGGGAGAAGGGAGUAAGAUGUAUGUAAACCUACGUGUGACAGACUGAUUGGAAUGGUAAAUGUUCACUUGAAGCUUAAUAAAAAUUAAAAAAAAAAAAUCUGGAAGAAUAAUAAAAAAAAAAAAUCUGUCAAGUGAUCUGGACUCCCACAUAGUCCUAAAUCGUUCUUUCACUAUAGCGAAACCUCUGGGAAAUAAAGUGAUGAUGAGAACAUUAAUGAGCAGGGAAUCUGAGCAAGAGGAGUUAGCUGGAUUAUUUCAAUAUUUAAUGACAUCAGGUUUCAUUAGCUUAAUGCCUAUAUUUCCCCACUAGUAUAUGUCUGUCUUCAUGGCAGGAACAACAGGAUCUUUAGGCCAGCCCAUUCUCUUGUCUGGACAUUGCUGACUGAUCAUCACAAAUUUUACCUUUGACUCUUGUUUGCACUAUGUUAUACCAUGUCUAUCCUUUCUAUCUCCUAUAGUCUUUAAGGUACAUUAUCUACAUACGUAAUUCAGAUUCUUCUAUUUCAUUCCGCUGAUAUAAGACUAUUACUGUUGCAUUUGUUUGACUUCAGUCAUCAUGAGCUGAUUCCUAAUUGGGGAGGUGUUUUUUAUAUGACUAUUUUCCAUUCUCUGAGAAUGAGGUGUAUGAAUAAAGAUCAAGAGAUUUAGAAAUUAUAAUUCAUAUCCAUUUCAAUAAAGAACAACCAAUGAACAUUCUCAGAUAGAGAUGUAGUAUAAAGAACUUUAUAAUACAUUUUAACCAACUUACCAUUUGUUGUAUUGUCUUAUAAGCGAUCCUUAUUUUAUAACAUAAUUUAUCU